AUGAACGCCUCCAGACGUUUGCAGCUGGAGAUCUGUGCUGUAGGUAAAACAUGCCUACUCAUCAGUUACACAACCAAUGCAUUUCCUGGAGAAUAUAUACCCACUGUUUUUGACAACUACUCUGCUAAUGUAAUGGUUGAUGGAAAACCGGUCAAUCUGGGUUUGUGGGAUACAGCUGGUCAAGAGGACUAUGACAGACUACGUCCACUCUCCUAUCCGCAAACAGUUGGAGGAACCAAUGGUAAGAAUAUAUCUUCCAGUCUGACAGAUCAACCCAUUGCCGAUGUUUUCUUAAUCUGCUUUUCCCUUGUGAGUCCCGCCUCCUUUGAAAAUGUCCGUGCUAAGUGGUAUCCCGAGGUGCGGCACCAUUGCCCCAACACCCCCAUCAUCUUAGUGGGCACCAAACUUGAUCUCCGGGAUGACAAGGACACAAUUGAAAAACUGAAGGAGAAGAAGCUGACUCCUAUCACCUACCCACAGGGCCUUGCUAUGGCAAAAGAGAUCGGUGCAGUGAAAUACCUAGAAUGCUCAGCACUUACACAGCGAGGCCUCAAGACAGUGUUUGACGAAGCUAUCCGAGCAGUUCUGUGCCCCCCGCCUGUAAAGAAGAGGAAGAGAAAAUGUCUGCUGCUGUAAACGCUCCCCUCCCCCACCCCAUCCAACCCCUGUGCUUUGCUCAGAACAAUGGAGCAUUCACACUCAAUGCCAAGUUUUCUGUUAUAAAUUAGUCCUCUUCCAUAAGUUCUUGAACCAAUCAACAAUUUCACGGUUUCAUUUGUUUGAAGUAUGAAAGUUACCUUGCGAUCUUCUAAAAGCAAACUCCUAAAAAGACAAACCUAUGGAAAGCCUUAUUUUUAAAAUCCUAUUCUUGCUCAAUUAAGUGUUGCCAAACUAUCAGCUGAACUAAGUUGCAUCGUUGUGCUAUGAACACUAAGCACUAAACUGUUUUUUAAAGAUUCUUCUUGAAGAUGACUCUAAUUUCUGGUAGGAAAUGCAAAACACUUUCUAGUUUUUCACAGUAACAGUACCGUAUAAUUAGCAGAACACUGCACUCUAAUGUGCUUUAUUAUUAAAUGUUUUCUCAACCCACAGUCAUUGAAUAGUGUCGUGUAGCGAACCGGAAUCUUUUUGACAAUGACUGACUGACACCCGUGAGUCACAGUGUAAAAUGCUUUAUCAUUGGUAAGGGCUUGGUUGCAAUCUAGUUCUUGCUGCUGUGAUUAAAAAAAAAAAUAAUAAAAAUAAAAAACUAUUCUUACUGAAGUGUAUCUAUCUAGUCCUUUUGACAGCAUUGUAUUGUUAGGGAUAAAAGAAACAGUGGGUUGGAUCAAAUGGUAGUGCCAGACAGUAUUUUUACACUGUACAGAUGCUUUACACUACACUGCCAG